GCCCCGUUCCGGAGACUGGACCUAUGUCGUUUUUAGGACGCCCUCUUUCGGUAGCUAGCCGGUCUCGAUAAAAGAGGCGCAGAGUAUCCGCAGCGUCGUGCGACGAACUCCCCGACGGAGCCACCGCACCGAAAAAUCGAUUCAUCGAUCUCUGUCCGGCCAGACGAUCGGCCGACGGUACGUCUUCCGUCUCCGGACGGGGGUCGACCGGAAGUACUGAGUCGGGGGUACGGUCUGAACGAGGAAAUAAGGCGGAGUCGUUCGUAUUUCCGGUUCGAAUAGACAGAGAUCCAUUCCAAGGGUCGUCGGCCGGAAAAAGAAACCGCUACCGCUUCGGAGACUGCGCCGAUCGUUGGAAGACGCCCGAAACGGCCGAAGAGUGGCGCUUCGAGUAGACGCAUCUAAAGACGGGAGAGAAUCCCCUGUCCCUCCGAAAACGGAGCGCGUAAUUCCGACACAGAGAGAAGAAUUAAUUAUUUAGAGAAAAAGACGGACGGCAAUUGGAACAAGAAGCGGCUGACGAUCGAUCGUCGUACUUUCAGAUGCGGCUCAAAGCUCUCUUUCUGCUUUUCUUCUGCCUCUUGGCGGGAACCGUCCGCUGCCGGGUAGCAGAAGAAGACCCUUCCUGGACCGGAAAACGCGAAAAAGAGGACGGAAAAGAUCACCGGCGGACGGCCUUUCCAGAAGUUUUUCGGUUUCGUCGAACGGAACGUCACAGAGGACGAACGUCGACAUUAAGGGAACCCGAAAGAAUUCCUUCCUCCUCCUUCGUUCGGACUAAGAGGCAGACGGGCGAAACGAGUCGAUCGGAAGAGAAUGGACGGGAGGAGAAAGAAGAGGCGAUUUUUAAGGACAGAGAAGACUACGACAGCUUCUUCCGCAACGAGUAUUACCGCAUUCUGGCCCAGUCCUUCGCCAGCAGCAGAAGAAAGAGAGAAGCGGAAUUGUUGUCCUCCAGGCAGGACCUAGACGACGACUACAGUUCGGAACAGCGGAACCGGAAGCUUUUAAAGAAAUCUAUAACUGCGCAUAUCAAUUCAGAUGAUAACGAAGAUUUGUGGAAUGAAUAUAAUGAUGAAGAAACGAGAUUUGUUCAGCCUCAGAAUGCUGGAUUCCGUCCAUUGCCAGGUUUUAGUGCUCGUCCUGUUUCGAACUCUGACUUACCAUUUGGAAAAUGGAAGUUUUUCAAUGAAGAGAAAUAUGAUCAAGAAUGUCCACCACUUUACUUAAUAGCCAAGGAGUGUGCUGCUUUAGGGGGAAUUAUGCCAGAAGGAAAUCUAAAAAAUAUUCUUCUAAGGGCUUGCAAUUGGCUAGAAAUUUGUUAUUCAUGUGGUAAAAAUAAUGGACUUCAACUCGACGACUGCGACACGGGAUUCUUGUAUGGUAUUCGCUCGGUAUGUGAAGGUGACGUUCCUUGCCAGGCCACCGGAAGACUACUACUACUGUCUCUUCGUCAGACUGGAAUCUCACAGAGAUCUCUGACAUCAGUAUGUAAUGCCGAUCGUUGCAUAGAACAGUUCCUCCUCCAGCCUUCUCCUUGAUGUCCAGGAUUUUUCAUAUAUUAGUCACUCGGAGCAAUAAUCUACAUUACAUUUAGGUAACAUUCUUAAAGAAAAAACAAAACUCAGUUCAAAGUAAAAUUCAUAAUAGUAAAAUAGCCAUUUUUGCAUACACAAAGCCAUUUGAUAAGAUUUGCACCUAUUUAUUUAAUUACGUAGCCAAAUUAUUUUAUUUAAAAUAUUUUUUUUACUUACUUAAUGGUAGUUUUGUUUGUAUAUUGUACAUAUAAAUCAUUUGCAUUUAUGCUAAUACUAAGGUUUUCGUCCAUCAAAAAAUAGUCUUUGUGAUCUUGUAAAUAUUCGGCGCUGUAUAAGAGUGUCGAUAAUAACACGAAUGUCCCUUAUACAAUUUAUCCAUAAAUCUGUAUUGAAGGUUUUUUCCUGUAUCCUAAAUUUAUUUUCCAGUCUUAGGUCGAUCGUAGCACCCACUCAAUAUGAUUUGACAAAUUUUCUGCAUUCUCAUUGGCAAGUGGAGUAACUAAGGGGGAAAGAUGUGCACGUGCCCCGCGCCCCAACCUUGAGGGCACCAAAAUGAACCCAUGGAAUGUUUUUGUAAUUAAAAUUGAAUCAGGGACGGUUUGUCUCAGGGGCUAAAACUAUUCGGCCCUGAUAAUCGGUCGCCAUUUUUGAUGUAGUUUCUUAGAGAUUCGAAAUAUUAAAAAAUAAUGAAAAAGUUUA